GAGAGCCGCGGAAGCGGUGCGCAGGUUGCGCUGAACUCGGGGCCGGACUCGGCCUUGUUCUGCCGGCUCGGCUCGGCCGCCCCGCCCCGCGCUCCGCUCCCCGCUCCCCCGGCCCGUCAUGCAGGCAGCAGAGCGGGACGGGGCGGCAGGCGGGCCCGAAGGGGCGGUGGGGGGUGGUGAGGCCCCGCCGGAGCCGUCACUACCUAAGGCUGCUGCCGCUUUCGACCUGCUGGAGCUGGUGCGGAGCUACCGGCGGUUGGCGCUGUACCUGGAACCGCUGCGGGACGCAGCCGAGGGCAUUCGUUCCCUUCUCCGGUGGCAGCGGCCCGUGUGCUCCCUCUUUGUCUGCCUCAGCCUCAACUUUCUUCUGCUCACCCUCGGCCGAGGUGCGUGUAGCAGGGAGGCGGAGGAACAGGGCCGGUCCUCUCCCCAGGCGCCCUGGGCUGACGCUGUUCUGCCGCCUCUAGCCGCCUGGUACUCUGUGCUUGCCCUGUUGGUUGUGGUGCCGGCCCUGCUGGGCUACCUGCAGGAGACGUGUCGGACUCGGCCGUCGGAGGCCGAACUGGUGCGCAGGAGGUAUCACAGCGUUCGCCGGGAAGAUCUGUGCAGGGUACAGCUCUCGCGGCAGGAGGCCAUCGCCCAGGUCAAGAACUUCCUGAUCCAGCUGGAGGGGUUCCUGAGUGGGAUGUGCUGCAGCUGCAAGACAGUGUACAGUGUACUGUACUGGGAGAACCCCACCAUUUCUUCCCAGUUUUAUGGGGCACUGCUGGGCUCUGUCUGCAUACUUUACCUGCUGCCCCUCUGCUGGGUCCUUGCUAUUCUCAACAGCACCCUCUUUCUGGGCAAUGCCCAGUUCUACCAAGUGAUAAUGGAGCUCAAGGCCUCGAUUGAACACUGCAUGGGCACCAAACCCCUGAAGAGCACUUCAGAGCCUGCUGAACCCCUGCCACCUGCUGCUCCUCUGGAUCGGACUCCCACACCCACUAGCACAGAGGACAUUACUCCUGGCAGUGUGGAAGAGGCAGAGGAGGCAGAGCCUGAUGAGGAGUUCAAAGAUGCUAUUGAGGAGAACCAGCUACUGGUCAUGGAAGAUGAUGAAAGUUCUCAGUGCUCAGCAGACUUUGACCUCAGCCUGCCCGACAACGGCUUUAUGAGCAAAAACGAGGUGAUCCGCAGCAAGGUGUCGCGCCUGACCGAGCGCCUGCGCAAGCGCUGCCCCACCAACAACUUCGGGAGCUGCACAGGCUGCGCAGCCACCUUCUCUGUCCUCAAGAAGAGGCGGAGCUGCAGUAACUGUGGGAACAGCUUCUGCUCCAGGUGUUGUUCCUUCAAAGUCCCUAAGGCUGUGAUGGGAGCCACAGCUCCAGAGGCACAGAGGGAGACAGUGUUUGUGUGUGCUCUGUGCAACCAGGUGCUCAUCAAGUGACUGAAACAGGCACAGCCAGCUUCUGGGUCCUGCACUGCCUGACACUCAGGACAGAGUGUGCCCUUGCAAAUGGGGACCUGGGCUGCUUGGCUCCCAGCAUGGCAUCACCCUGACAGAGGACAUUUGUGACUGCUGUUCCUCCUGCCAGUGCCAGGCUGGGGGCAGACCUUUACUCCUUGCCAUGCAACAUCAGCUGCACAGCUGGAUCCCUGCAGUGGAGCAGCACCCACAGCUGUGCCCUCGUUGCUAUGGCUGCCCCUGGCAGCUGCUCCAGGACAGUCCCUGACACUCAGUGCUCAGGCCCUGUGGCCCAGCUCAGUGAUGAAGAAGCCAUCCUUCCCACUUGCAAUCCUACUUCCACCUCAUAAGUGGAGUAGAACAGCCACCUUGGGGCUCUGUCCCUAUCUUUUCCAGUGCUGUGCUAGGUGACUGUUUCUGUGAGGAAGUCAGAGCUCCACCUCCAUCCCCGUGAGAAUGUGGUCUUUUGCCGUGGUCCAGCUGAGACUCUUGCUAAUCACUCCUGUGCAACUUGGCCUCAUUGCCUGUAGGUUUAGUCUUUCCCUGUCCUCCCAGCUGUAGUGCUGAGGAGGCAGAAAGGAUACAUUUGAGUGGGGAUGUGUCGCCGGGUCCCAGCUGCAGCAUAAGAAGAGGCAUGAGUUGGUGCUGUACUUAGUGACUGCUGCUUUCUACUACAGAUUACUUAUGUGUAUAUAGAGAGUGAUCAAUAAAUCUCCUGCCCUCA